AUGCGAACGGAGCCGCGUCUGCCGCGUCUGCAUGUGGACGACCAUGUAGUUCCCAGCGAUAAUGAUAACGCUGUACAGGAAAAUGACGCUCACGACGUGAUGCUGUCUGUCACAUCGUCUUCUCCGUCUACUGCGUCAACCACCAGCUCCAUAAACACUCAUAUCGCUGAUACAAUCACCAAGACAACAUCACAUUCGUUUCUAGCUGAAGACGAGUAUACGAGGAAUGACAAACUUUCGAGAUCUCAGCAGCUCUGGAACUGGCUGCAACGUCUACGACAGACAUUUGGUACAUCGUUCCUACUGCUUGUAAGCACAGUGUACGCUGUACAGGGUUUUACAAGCUUUAGUGCACUGGCAAUCAAUUAUUUCUUUAAGGAAAAAUUGGAGCUGCAGCCAGCAGAGUCACAGUCAUUAAUGACAGUUAUGAUGGUGCCUUGGGGGAUCAAGCCACUCUAUGGCAUUAUUUCUGACAAUUUACCGCUGUUUGGAUACCAUCGCAAGUCAUAUAUGAUGUUGUGUAGUGUCAUUGGUACAUUCUCAACGCUCGCAAUGGCUGUACCGAACUUAAUUGCGACUCCACUUGGUGCUGUAUUGAUGCUCAUGGUUAACAGUCUAUCAACAGCAGUGAUAGACGUUGUAAUUGAUGCAAGAGUUGUCGAGAUGUCGAGAUUAGACCCAAAAUAUGGAGCAAACGAUUUACAAUCAGUGUCCUGGAUAUCCAUGUCGGUGGGUGGAGUACUAGGAUCUUUUCUGUCCGGUCCAGCAACACACAAUUUGGGUGUCCGUGGUGUCUUCUUUUUCGCAGCUAUCGGACCACUGACGAUUUUAUUCUUCUCUAUCUUCAUGCAUGAAGUGAAAACAACGGUAAGCAAACGUCAUUGGAAGAAUUCGGCGAAAAGACAACUGAGACAGUUAAAGAGCGCAAUUUGCACGCCCGUCAUUUGGAUGUGUGCACUUUGGGUAUUCUUGUCAGGUGCUAUUAGCCCUGGGUAUUCGCAGAUUAUGUUUUACUUUUCAACUGAUGUGCUCAAGUUUACUCCCGAGUUUUUAGGAACUGUCUCUGCGUUUGGGUUCAUCUUUUUGAUGGUGGGCACCAUGCUGUACAAUGCUUGCUUCAAGGACAUGUCAUUUCGUCGCGUCUUUUUGGCUGCGCAGAUUAGUAUAGCUAUGAUAUCACUAUUGGACAUCGUGCUGGUUACACGCUUUAAUUUGACUGUUGGGAUCCCUGACAAGGCAUUUGUACUGGGUGACGCCGUGAUCGCGGACGUCGUUAGUCGGCUGAAAACAAUGCCUGUGAUGGUGCUUUGCGCAAAGCUGUGCCCCAAAGGUAUCGAGGGCACUCUGUUUGCGCUGUUGAUGUCCAUCGCCAAUUUUUCUGGCUGUGUGAGCGAAUUUUGGGGCGCUUUAGUCUGCACGUGGUUGGGUAUUGCCAAGGAUGAGUAUGACAUGCUAUGGCUUGCCAUUUUUUUGCGUAGUGUGCUAAAGGUGAUUCCUAUUUUCUUCCUUUACCUAAUUCCGGUGACGGACCCUCAGAAGAUUGUGGAUGAGCUGGAUUUUGGCUCAUUUACUAUCACGAAGGAUGGAAGUUUUGAGGAUGAGGACGAGGAGGGCGAUGACGAACACGCUGGCACGAUUCGCGAAGACCACACGGUAAAGGGCUGCUCCCCGAAUGAAUAA